AUUGUUCAAGCCUGAAGAAUUCCUGUUUUUCUUUUCACUGCAAAAAUUUCUGCAGUGGAAUAUGAUGCUGUGAUAUUUAUAUGCUUAUACUUUCAUAAUGGACUACAGGAUUGAAACUAAAAAUGAGAAGUCAUGGCAAAAGGAAACAGCCUGGCCUCCACUCCGCCGCACACAGCACAAGUUCAGCAGGAUGAUGAGUGAUGACAGUAAAGACACUUUUAGAAAUGUCAAACAAAAGCCGGGCCUGCAGAUGUGGACCAUCAAUAACAUGCAGAUGGUGCCGGUUCCAGCUCAAGCCUUUGGCAACUUCUUUGAGGGGGACUGUUACAUCAUUCUAUAUAUAAGUCAGAACAAAGGCUCUGCUCAGACAGCUGACAUCCACUACUGGAUAGGGAACACCUCCUCUCAGGACGAACAAGGUGCAGCAGCCAUCUACGUCACCCAGCUGGACGAGUACCUGGGUGGGAGUCCGGUCCAGCACAGGGAGGUGCAGGGCUACGAGUCACCCCGGUUCAAGGGUUACUUCAAAAACGGCCUGAUCUACAAAAAAGGCGGAGUGGCAUCUGGUUUUAAGCAUGUCGACACAAACGCCUACAAUGUCCUACGAUUGUUGCACGUCAGAGGGAGGAAGCAUGUCACAGCAACAGAGGUGGAGGUGUCGUGGAACAGCUUUAAUAAAGGAGACAUUUUCCUGCUGGAUGUGGGGAAAGCCAUAGUACAGUGGAACGGCCCACAGAGCAACAGGAGAGAGAAGCUCAAGGCGGUCUUGUUGGCUCAGGACAUCCGGGACAGGGAGCGAGGAGGUCGUGCUCAGAUUGGGGUGGUGGAAGGAGGAGACGAGGCAGACUCCCCAGAGCUGAUGAAGAUCAUGAUGUCGGUGCUGGGCCAAAGGACGGGGCAGAUAAAAGAGGCCAUACCUGAUGACAAACCUGAUGAGGUGCAGAACAGCAGUGUCAGACUCUACCAUGUUUUUGAAAACAGUGGGAAUCUAGUGGUUCAAGAAGUCGCCACGCAGCCUCUAACGCAAGACCUCCUGCGCUCUUCUGACUGCUACAUUGCAGACCAGAAAGGCUCUUGUGUGAUGGUGUGGAAGGGCAAAAGCGCCACCAAGGAAGAGCGACGAGAAGCUCUGAACAGGGCAUUGGGUUUUAUUAAAGCCAAGAACUACCCAACCAGCACCAAAGUGGAGGUGAUGGCUGAGGGAGGAGAGUCAGCGAUGUUCAAGCAUUUGUUCAAGUCCUGGAGAGAAAAAGGACAAACACAGGGACUGGGAACCACCUACAGCGUGGGAAAGAUAGCUAAGGUCGACCAGGUUAAGUUUGAUGUGAUGGAGCUUCAUGCACGUCCUGAACUGGCAGCGAAGCAGCGUAUGGUGGAUGAUGCCUCUGGAGAUGUUAAGGUGUGGCGCAUUGAAAACCUGGAGCUGGCAGAUGUAGACCCGAGUACAUAUGGUCAGUUCUAUGGAGGAGACUGCUACCUGGUGCUUUAUACCUAUCAAAGAUCAAACCAACCACAAUAUGUCCUCUAUAUGUGGCAGGGCUGCCACGCCACUAAAGAUGAGAUCACAGCGAGCGCCUAUCAGGCUGUAAAUAUCGAUAACAAGUACAAUGGGACCCCAGUGCAGGUCAGGGUGGUCAUGGGAAAAGAGCCUCGCCAUUUCCUGGCUAUUUUUAAGGGCAAACUCAUCAUCUUUGAGGGUGGGACUGGUAAGCCUGGGGUGGUAAACCCUGAGAAGGGAGCCAGGCUCUUCCAGGUCAGAGGGACUAAUGAACUAAACACAAAGGCCACUGAAGUUAUGGCGAGGGCAACGUCUCUGAACACCAACGAUGUUUUCCUGCUCAAGACCAACCAGAUAUGCUACCUGUGGUACGGAAAGGGCUGCAGUGGGGAUGAGAGAGUGAUGGGCAGAGCUAUGUCUGAUGUGCUGUCCAAGCAGGACAAGCAGGUGGUGAUGGAGGGACAGGAGCCAGCUGAAUUCUGGGUAGCUCUGGGAGGAAAGGCCCCUUAUGCCAGUGAUAAGAGGCUGCAGAGGGAGGAGCCGCCUCAUAGCCCCAGACUCUUUGAAUGCUCCAAUCAGACGGGUCGCUUUCGGAUGACAGAGGUGGACGAUUUCGCUCAGUGUGACCUGGAUGAGGAGGACGUCAUGCUUCUGGAUACCUGGGAGGAAAUCUUCUUAUGGGUUGGAAACUUAGCCAACCAGUACGAGACCAAAGAGGCGUGGAACAGCGCUCAGGAAUACCUGCGGACCCACCCAGCUGGCCGUGACCCAGACACACCCACUAUCUUUGUCAAACAGGGAUAUGAGCCGCCGACAUUCACCGGCUGGUUCAAUGCAUGGGACCCUCAUAAGUGGAGUGGAGGAAACUCCUAUGAGGAGAUGAAAAAAAAGUUGACUGAUGCAGCAUCUCUUUCACAGAUUGCUGUAGAACUGAGUAACACUAAUCUGAAUAAGAGUCCUGGUGGUGGUUAUGGGGCACCUGGGGGCCCAGUGAGCUCUCCUCCUCCAGUCUACAGGGUCCACGGAGAUCUGUCCCCAAAGCCCUCAACUCCCUCCAGCCCUUCCACCCAGAGACCCCAGCCCUCUGUGUCCCCCUCUUACAUUUUCUCUCCAUCGGUCACAGCUGGUGGCAGUAGGCUGUCCUCUGCUGGAGGGCAGUAUCUGGACCCUCAGCUCCUUAUCAACAAGUCUCCAAGUGAGCUGCCGCAGGGAGUGGACCCCAGCCAAAGGGAGGAGUAUCUGUCUGAUGUGGAUUUUGAGAACCUGCUUGGCACCAGCCGCUUAGACUUUCAACGCCUGCCAAAGUGGCGGCAAAAUGACUUGAAGAAAAAAGCAGGACUAUUCUGAGAAACAUUUAUCGUCCUUAUGUAAAGAAAUGAAAGCUGUAAGGCAGAAGUUAAGCUCACAAAGAUGCCAUAAUACCAAGUCUUGAAGGUUUUUUUUUUUUUACUGACACUUUAUUUUUCAACAACUAAGCAGCUUCUAAUAAUUUAAUAUGGCCUUUAAUUAUCAUAGCUUUAAAAUAUUGUAAGAAAUUUGCACAUUUCAUGGACACAAAGUCGUUUAUAUGGAAAUUAUUUUAAAUGGUUGUAUUUUAUAUUUCUCUUCUUGAUCAUAAACUGAUUGCCCUUCUCAGCAUGUUAUUAUCUUUUGUCAUGAAUAAAUGACUUAAAACAUGAAUAAACUCACACAAUAAUCUAUCGAGGACUGCUGGUUUUAUUGGAAAGCUAGUGCAAAUGUAAAAGGAGUAACACACUAAAGCACUGACACUUAUGAGCAUGUCACAGAAAAAACUGUUUAAGUACUCCAGGCGAUAGAAAUGAUAAAAUACUCUCUGAAAUAUUAUUAUUAUUAUCGAUUAAUGUCCAAUACCUGAUACAGUGAAGAAGCCUUCAGAGCAAAGUCAUACAACAGUUGCUUGUUAUGAUUCUUAUAUUAACAGUUAAAAAAUAAAGUUAUAAGGCAUAAAGUAUGAACAAAAUAAAAUAAAAUCACAGUGACAAACACGUCGCAUUCAGAAUAAACAGACACAAUCACACACACUCACAUAUGAUUUUCAGCAUCUGCCCUUUGAACCAUACCUUUACUCCAGUGACAAACACAGAGCAUAAAAUAACUUUUAUAACAAAUACUUAAAAUGUUUU